AUGUCAGAUAGACCCUGGAGAGAGUGGUCAAAAGUCAUCUCCAUCUCCAUUGCCAUCGCCCAGAACGCCAGUAACUUGGUCCAAAGUAAAGGAACCCUGACUGUCCAUCAAGAAGAACCUGUAGAUAAACUACUAAAGGCUCCUGGAGAUCCCAAGGAUGCAAAAGAUCUAGGUAAAUGCUCACAUCAUAAAGGAGUUCAGUUCUCCAAUAUCUUCCAAAAGAUCGUAAAGGAAGGACAGCUGCUUAAGAACUGUAACUCCUUCAAGAGAUGGAAGCUAAGAUAUUGUAUGAUUCAAGGACAGAAGCUCCUCUUUGCACAUCACCCUUCGUUUGCGCACUUUGAAACAAUUGAUCUGUCACAAGUUGUCUUGGCAGAAAGCAGCUGGAGAAAUCUUUACCACAGUUUCUGUAUUAUCACACCAAAUCGAAAAAUCUCCCUGAUUGCACCUAGUCGGAAAGACAUGGAAGACUGGAUUAACGUCAUAAAAACUGUCCAGCAGGGAGAAAUCCAUAAGAUACCCGCAGCCGAAAACAAUCCUUACCUUAUCGGAAUGCACUACUGGUAUUCCAGCCAUAGUCCUCGGACACAGUUCUGCAAUGUUUGUCGCCGGAACAUUCCUGCCUUAUCUCGAGAUACCAUCAUCUGUGAAGUCUGCAAGGUGAAAUCACACAAAUUUUGUGCAUUGAGAGCGAGCAAAGACUGCAAGUGGAAUACUUUGUCCGUAACCGAUGACCUCUUUCUACCUGCUGAUGAAAUACAAACAAUGCCCCAUCAGUUGGUAGAAGGAAACAUACCUGCCGACUCUCGUUGUGCAGUAUGUCAUGAGAGCUUCGGUAGUCAUCAAAGGCUUCUGGAUUUUCGCUGCCUCUGGUGCGCGUCUACGGUGCACGGCGCCUGCCAGAGGUGGUUUUCCAAGGAAUGUUCCUGUGGAAGUCGUCGCGCAUCGAUCGUACCACCUACGGCGCUGUGCGACCCUCGGGGCGAUGGCCAAUUAGUGGUAUCGCCUGACUUCUGGAGCCUCGAUUGGCCAUUGACUUGUUCCUGUCCCUUGCUUGUCUUCGUCAACUCCAAAAGUGGAGAUCAUCAAGGAAUCAUCUUCCUCCGAAAAUUCAAGCAAUAUCUUAAUCCGUCUCAAGUAUUUGACCUGGCGAAGGGUGGACCUGAAGCAGGGAUCUGUAUGUUCAAGAACUUUAGUCGUUUUCGCGUGCUGGUUUGUGGUGGAGAUGGCAGCGUGAGCUGGGUCUUAUCCACGAUUGACGCCUUUGACGUGCAUGAUAGGUGUCAGCUGGCAGUCAUCCCGCUUGGAACUGGUAACGAUCUCGCUCGGGUCCUUGGCUGGGGAUCGUUCUGGAAUAAAAACAAGAACGUACUGGAUAUUCUCAGCAGAAUAGAGCAGGCUAACGUGAGAAUUCUAGACAGAUGGAGCGUGAUGAUCCGUGAGAACCCCAAACAAUUCCCACUGCUAAAAGGACAGGCGAAAAUGGAUAUACCAAGAUUUGAGGCUGCUGCCAUCCGCCAUUUAGAGGAUGCAAACAAUGAGUUGAACAGAAUCCUGAAGUCCAGCUACGAGACUGAGGUUGUCAUCUCCUGUAGGUAA